AUGACGUCAAACAGCGACGAUUACAGCGAUGUGUAUGAGGAUGAUGAAUAUUGGAACAGGUGGCAUUUGAAUGAAUACGAGCCCAGAUUGGUCAAGCCCAUGGAGAAGACUUUCACAGCACCUUGGGAUCUGCCGGUUAGCGAUUCCGAUUUGGAAAAGCUCAAAGCUGGUUUCAGACCCCGAAACUUUGACGAUAAAUACGGCUGGCUCAUUGAGGAUGACAAUGGGAACAUAUCUAUCCACGUUAUUCGACACUUUGUACACGUGGAGGAGUACAUACUUCACAUUACCCCGAAGCCAAGUAACGGCAAUGGUGCGAGUGCAAAGAUCCACAGCAUUACCUGGAAUGGAGAUUUGAUGCAAGACCAUCUCGCAAGCUGGGAGCAGUCAUCAUAUUGUGGGGUUAUUUCUCGGGACCUGUAG